AUGUUGAACACAGUGAGCAGAGAGUCAACUCCGCCAGAGCCAGACGUUGCCAUACUAGGAGGCAGUCGAAAGCGAUCCCUCCCCACUGAAAGUGACGAUGAGUACCUCGAAGAGCGAGCACGAAAGCGCAAGUCACCAGAAGUACUUCUCUGGUGUCCAUUCACCGACAAUUUCUUCGACGACAUGGCCACGAUUAUCGCACGAGAUUUCCCAAUUACCCAAUUCGCCGAGAGACACAACUGCGAGAAAAGAGACGUCUUACACGCCCUACACGCGGUAGUCAUGGAUCCUCUCCGCAAAAGCCAGCCAUGGUACGAAGGCAUGUCUGUCUCCGAACACGCUCAAAUUCUCAUUUCAAAUUGGCGUGCCCCUCCUUGCAUCCCCUCCCCAUCUGGACUCCCGGGAGUAGGCUCGCAGGACUUGCCUAUUCUCAUCGGCGAUGAUUCUCCUCAACCGUCGAGUCCGAGUGAAAUUUCAGAAAUAUCUGGGGUUAGUCCUUGCAACACUAACCUCGAUGGCUUUGAACGGAAUUCUAAGGAUCAGCUUGCCGCUGUUCUUCGCGCUUUCGCAAAGGAGAGCCCGGGUUGUAAGAAGGAAAGUUACGACUCGCCGACUCCUUCGGUGAAUGGCUCUGCUCGCUCAGUCCCCGCUGCUUUAGGGACUGUCUCUCCGUCGAACAGCCCGAAUCAGGAUCAGGAUCAAGGUCGGGGUCGGGAUCCCAUUCCCGGUGAUUCGAGCGGCGAAAGUACCAUCCUGGCUUCCUGUUCAUCAAAGGCCAAGAGGUCAACGACUCAGCAGGAGAAAGGCCAAAUCGCUCGGAUUGUGUGCCGCAAGGGUGCCGAUGGAACCUGGAUCCCAGCUCACAAAUGGAUUAGAGGAUAUCAUCGCCCGGCAGUACGGGGAGAGGAUGAUCUCUCUGAAUAG